AUGCACUGGUGCUGGCGUGCGGGCUCCCGGGAGCCGCAGAGCCGCUGGACGGCGGGCGCCGAGCUGCGGCAGGCGGCCAGCGGAGAGCGCCACUCGCUUCUGCUGUUGAGCGACAGUACUGUCCUCUCGUGCGGGGACAACAGCUGGGGCCAGCUGGGCCGGAGGGGCGUGCGCAGCGGGGAACAGCCAGAACAAAUUCAGACAUUGGAAACAUUACAUGUUGACCUUGUGAGCUGUGGGAAGGAGCACUCCCUGGCUGUCUGCCACAAAGGAAGGGUCUUCGCUUGGGGAGCUGGUUCUGAGGGGCAACUUGGAAUUGGAGAAUUUAAAGAAAGAAAUUUUACACCUAAGAAGAUAAAAGCUCUGUCUGGUAUAAGAAUAAUACAAGUUUCUUGUGGAGACUUCCACUCCCUGGCAUUAUCAGAAGGUGGCCAAGUGUUUUCAUGGGGAAAGAACAGUGACGGUCAGCUGGGCCUGGGGAAGGGGAUUGCCUCCCAAGCCGAGCCACAGUGCGUGAGGUCUCUGGAGGGGAUCCCUCUGGCUCAGGUGGCUGCAGGAGGGGCUCACAGCUUUGCCCUGUCAUUCUCUGGGACAUCAUUUGGCUGGGGAAGCAACGAGGCAGGACAGCUGGCCCUUAUCGGGAAUAAUGUACGAGUACAAAGCUACAAGCCUCUUUCAGUUGGUGCGCUGAAGAAUCUAGGUGUGAUUUACAUCAGCUGUGGUUAUAAACACACUGCGGUGCUUACCCAGGAUGGGCAGGUGUUCACAUUUGGAGACAAUAGCUUUGGACAGCUGGGAUAUAACUCCACUGCUGAGACAAGAGGACCACAACUUGUAGAAAGAAUCGAUGGCCUUGUUUCCCAGAUAGAUUGUGGAAGUUAUCACACCCUUGCAUAUGUCUACACCACUGGCCAGGUGGUAUCUUUUGGUUGUGGACCAAGUUGCCCAAGCAACCCAACUCAGCCAGAGGCUCCAACAGAGAACUUUGACAUUACCUGCCUGAUUUCUGCUGCUGACCUUGUGAAUGUUCAAGUCAAACAUAUUUUUGCUGGAACACAUGCCAACUUUGUGACAGCUCAUCAGGAUACCAGUUCUACAAGUGCUUUCAAGAAAACCCUGCCAGAAAUAAGCCAAAUUAACCAGUCCCUGGCAGAAAAAUGGAUAGCGGUGAACAUAAAAAGCAAAGAACAUGAGAAGGCUAAAAGUGAAAUUACAGUGAUAUUUUCAUCUCCUGCUUGUCUGACUAAGAGCUUUUUGAAGAAAAGAGAAACUGGAGAAACAAUUCCCAUUGAUGUGGACUUACAAAUGGCAAGUGAUACCUUCAAGAAGUUACUGCAAAAGGAAUGGAUUUCUUCCAUGAUAGCUGCAUGUCUCCAGGACAGCCUGUUCAGAGCUCUGCCGUGCCGUUCUCCACACCAGGAAGCUUUGUCAGUUUUCCUCCUGCUCCCAGAGUGUCUUGUGAUGCACCAUGCUAGGAAAUGGAGAGACCUGGCCGUUCUGUUUGCAGAGGCUGUUUGUAAAAUGAGUAAACAAUCUUUACGAGUUCUGAAAAAGUGCUGGGCGUCUUUGGAAGCAUCUUCCCUGAGCACACUGGUCCAGAUGCUUAAAACAGCCUUCAUCUGUGAGCAGCAUUUUUCAGCUUCACCCUUAGAGCGUCACCGUAAAUUUAAAGCUCUUCUAGAAACGAUGAGAGAAGUGCAUGAGGUAAACAAAAUAAACUCUCUACUACCAGAGAGCACUUUCUACAUAAAGGAACUCUCCUGCAACUUUGACUUCUUUGCAGAGGGACAGAGACUGGCCUUGCGGGAUAAAAAUAUGGUACCUGAAGAAACUGCCAGUGUUAUUUUCAGUGAUUUUCCGUUUAUCUUUAAUUUGCUAUCCAAAAUUAAAUUAUUGCAAGCAUAUUCACGUGCGAAAAUGUGGUAUUCAAAAGACCAAACAAUUCUGCCAGGAGAUAAUCAAUCAAACACACUUACACUGAGAGUUGGACGAGGAUCCCUGGUUGCAGAUGCCCUGAGACAGUUAAGCCAAGUUGAAGACAUUGACCUUUCGAAAGUAUUAGUGGUUGAAUUUAUUAAAGAAAUUCGUCCUGAGAGUGGAGGAGUCACUUCAGAGUUCUUCCACUGUAUGUUUGAAAAGCUGACCAACCCCGAGUAUGGAAUGUUCAUGUAUCCUGAGGAGGGUUCCUACAUGUGGUUUCCUGCCAAUCCUAAAUUUGAGAAGAAGAGUUAUUUCCUCUUUGGGCUGCUAUGUGGACUUUCCCUAUUCAAUUUCAAUCUUGCCAAUCUUUCCUUCCCACUGGUACUGUAUAAGAAACUUCUAGAACACAAGCCUUCUUUGGAAGAUUUAAAAGAACUCAGUCCUCUUUUGGGGAGGAAUUUGCAAGAACUUCUAAAUUAUGAAGAUGGUGACAUUGAAGAGCUUUCCAUAUAUUUUUCUAUAAACUGGGAUCAAAAUGAGGUUGAUUUAAUUCCAGACGGGAUCUCUAAACCUGUGAACCAAAGCAACAAGAAAGACUAUAUUUCUAAGUAUGUUGAUUACAUUUUCAACGUCUCUGUAAAGGAAACUUAUGAGGAAUUUCAUAGAGGAUUUUACAAAGUAUGUAAUUGGAAUAUAAUUAGACUUUUUCAGCCUGAAGAACUAAUGAAAGCAAUAAUUGGAAAUACCGAUUACGACUGGAAACAAUUUGAAAACAAUUCAGUGUAUUGUGGAGAAUACCACAAAUCUCAUCCUACUAUACUGAUGUUCUGGAAGGCUUUCUACAAGUUAACUUUGGAUGAAAAGAAAAAAUUCCUCCUGUUUCUUACAGGAUGUGACAGACUGCCUAUAAAAGGCCUACACAACAAAGGAAUAGUGUUUCGCUGUCCUGAGGAUUUAAGUGAAAAAGAUCACCCAAGAUCAGUGACAUGUCAUAAUAUUCUAGACCUGCCAAAAUAUUCUACAAUGAAAAGGAUGAAGGAAGCGCUUCGAGUCAUCAUCAACAACUAUAGAGGCUUCAAGUCACCCGGGGUCACACCGUAACAGUCACCUCCUAGGGUUUCAGGGGACUUCAGCAGCUUGGGUCUCUCACCUUUGGAUUCUUCUGUGCCUUCUUACAUCAUGUUAGUACAAGAGACUGAAGGAUUUUAGUUAGGAUUAGUUGUAAAAUUUUGUGAGUAAUAAAUAAGA